AAAAAUUAAAAUAUCAUAGAACGGUUUCCAAAUAACAGUCGGAUUAGCUAAAAUAUUGUUCAUCAGAUCACUCUGUCUUGCAGAAAUAAGAAGCAAUUGAAGCCUAGAAAUGUCUAAAAUUGACGAAUUAGACAAAAACCCUAAUGUUUUCAAAACCCUCAAUUACUUCAAUUUUACAAUGGGCUGUCUUCCAGAUGAGCUGCCAUAUCUUCACUGCAAUGUGUACCCAUUGGAAACUUUUCCGGCCAAUUUUGCUCCGGUGGAGCUUGUAGAGCUUCAUUUGCCUUACACCAUGGAAACACUUGAAAUUAGAGUGAGUCAACAAGAGGGUGAAGUUGAUGUUACAAAGGGUACACCUAAUCUGAUAGAGGUUGAACUCGAUGAUGUUGACAAGGGUGUAUCUCAUCUUACCCACCGUGAAAUCGAUGUCAUUGAAGAAACAUCAACGGAAGAAAAUAUUGAAAUCCUUCAGGAUAUCAAAUUUCAAAGUGGGCAAUCUUCUGUUGGAGGAGAAAAUAUUGUCACAGAAGCAGUUUAGCUGUGAACUAGAAAAAGGAAGAGCUGGUUUACUAGGUCAAGUCAACAAAGGAAGUUGAUGGUGUGCAGAAGAAGUCUUACCAUAUUGAUGGCGUAUAAAGGAAGUUCCAAUGUACAAAAGUUUCUGUAUUUAUUACAUAAUUACAGUUACAAUCACUACCCAGCUCAAACAGCCAUGCCUAGACAAAUUCCUCA